AUGGCGACUGCCAGCUACGACGUCGUUAUCGUCGGCGGGGGGACGGCCGGCCUUGUACUGGCUGCUCGCCUUUCCGAGGAUCCCAAUCUAGUUGUUGCUGUCCUUGAGGCCGGCGAGGACGAGAUGUCGAAGCCGCAGUUCCUAACACCUGCUAUGUGGCCACUCUUAGCCAAUUCCUCCGCCGAUUGGGCCUUUCGUACUGCCCCCCAGGAGGGCCUUGGCGGCAAGGAGCUCACAUUCUCGCAAGGCCGCGCUCUGGGCGGUUCCAGUGCAUUGAACAGCUACCUUUUUACCCCAACCUCCAAGCUCAAUGUUGACGCUUGGAGCCAACUGGGAAAUAAGGGCUGGGACUGGCCUACUUUCGAGAAAUCUGUCAGAAAAUCAUGUACCUUGCACAAGCUGGAUAGUACGACGGUGGGGGAUGGUCCAGUCCAACUGAACGUUUCCGACUCGGGAAGUGGAUGGACCAAAGUCUGGACGGACACUCUGGAUACGCUCGGGUUUCCCCUAGAGGAUCCAUUUUCUGGUCGAGUGUCUGGCUCUCUUAUCAUCCCCCAGUCUGUGGACCCAGUAAAGAAACAGAGGAGUUGUUCGGCCAACACGUACCUCACAGCAGCGAGCACGAGAGCCAAUCUCACCGUGCUUACGGGAGCCACAGCGACUAAAAUCCUCCUCGAGAGCACGAGCCCGGGCAGUAUCGUUGCAGGUGGUGUCCAGUAUGUGCGAAAUGGGAUGACAGAAACCGUCAAGGCUCAUAAAGAGGUGGUGCUUGCUGCAGGCACCAUCAACUCUCCAAGGCUGCUCGAACUUUCUGGCAUCGGCGGCAGUGACUUGCUCAGAAGCCUGGGUAUCGACGUCGUCAUUGAUAACCCAUAUGUGGGCGAGAACCUACAAAACCAUGUGGUGACUGGCGUGACCUUUGAGAUACGAGACGACGAGGAGACGCUUGACCCUCUUCUACGCAAAGAUCCAGCCGCAACCGCCGCCGCUAUAGAGGCUUACCGCAGAGGUGCGGGUCCUUUGGCCAGCAGCAAUAUCGUCGCAUCGGCUCAGUUGCCAUUGCCGAGCAAAGACAUCGAUGAGCUUUUGAGCGUCAUGGAGAACACCAAGCACGCUCAGGUGACGCAGAACUGUACGCGAGCCUUUGCCUCAGUCCACGAAUCCUUCAUACGCGCCGUCUUGACAGAUCCGAAAGAGGCUUCCGGUGUGUAUCUCGCAGCGCCUGCGUAUUCGCCAUUUGAUUCGGACAACCCGGCGUAUCGGCCUCCCGGGAAUCACUUCUCGAUCGUGCUGUCGCUUGCACAUCCGCUCUCGCGUGGCUCAGUGCACAUCACCAGUUCCGAGCCCGACAGCGCGCGGGGCAACGGCGGACUUGUGAUCAACCCGCGUUAUCUAUCGCACCCCCUCGACCUCGAAGUAUUAGCGCUCCAUAUCCGCUUCAUAGACGAGAGCAUCUGUCAUGCAGAGCCGCUCGCCAGCCGUCUCAAGGACCCGCAGAAGAAGCUCUUCACGGACAUGCGGGCCGCCAGAGACUAUGUCAAACGCACAUCUAAGGGGCAAACCCAUUACAUGGGCACUUGCUCCAUGAUGUCCCGCGAACUUGGAGGUGUGGUCGAUGAGAAGCUUCGUGUGUACGGCUGCCCAAACCUCCGCGUUUGCGAUGCGAGCAUUGUGCUCAUCAUUCCACGCACGAACGCUCAGGCUACUGUGUAUGGCGUCGCAGAGAUGGCGGCCUCUUUGAUCAAGGAAAGCUUGUGA